AUGACAUCAACACUGCCAGAAGUGGUGCAAGAAUUUAGCACUGCUUUGCAGACGGAUUUGCAAACCAAUGAUAGGAUGCAAAUUGAUAUGCUCACAGAAAUUGCCAAUGAUAAUAUUGAAUAUUGUAGGGAUAUUGCAAAAGUAUUGUGUACAAGAAUUAAUAUUGCUCCUGCCCCUCAGAAAAUCAUCUCCUCUAUCUUCUAG